ACUGUCACAACAUCUAUUCAUAUCCCUCAAUCAUAAACAAAACAAACCUAUACACACACACCUCUCUGUUUCUAUAAAUAUCAUGCUCACUGCGAAGAACACACACUAUUAAAUCUCUCUGAACGUCAAUUUCGAGAGAGAUUUGUGAGAGAGAUUCGCGAGAGAUUUGUGAGAGAGAUUUCAGAGAGAGAUUUGAGAAAUGGAGGCGUUCUAUUACAUGGUGUUCGGUGUGUUGGGGAUGAUAGUGGCGGCCACGGAGCUGAGCAAGAGCAACAAGGAUCGAAUCAACACUUCGCAGCCGUUUAAUUCGUUUAAGAACAAUUACCUCGUUGUUUAUUCGCUUAUGAUGGCUGGUGACUGGUUGCAGGGACCAUAUGUGUACUACCUUUAUACGACUUAUGGUUAUGGUAAAGGAGAUAUUGGACAGCUCUUUAUAGCUGGUUUUGGGUCCUCCAUGUUGUUCGGAACAAUUGUCGGUUCUCUGGCAGAUAAACAGGGUCGGAAACGUGCAUGCGUAACUUACUGCAUUACUUACAUACUGAGCUGCUUUACCAAGCAUUCUCCUCACUAUAAAGUCCUGAUGUUGGGUCGCAUAUUGGGCGGUAUUGCUACAUCCCUUUUAUUUUCAUCUUUUGAGUCAUGGCUUGUGGCUGAGCACAAUAAGAGAAAUUUUGAUCAGCAAUGGCUCUCACUAACAUUCUCCAAGGCAAUAUUUCUUGGAAAUGGUCUUGUUGCUAUCAUCUCUGGGUUAUUUGGCAAUAUGCUUGUUGAUACCCUAAGUCUUGGUCCUGUGGCACCAUUUGAUGCUGCUGCAUGCUUUCUAGCAAUUGGUAUGGCCAUCAUAAUGUCAUCCUGGACAGAAAAUUAUGGUGACCCUUCAGAGAGCAAGGACUUGCUUACUCAAUUCAAGGGCGCUGCUGUUGCUAUUGCUUCAGAUGAAAAGAUUGCGUUGUUGGGUGCAAUACAAUCACUGUUUGAAGGCUCAAUGUAUACUUUUGUGUUUCUUUGGACUCCUGCUUUGAGUCCAAAUGAUGAGGAAAUUCCCCAUGGUUUCAUUUUCGCCACUUUUAUGUUAGCAUCAAUGCUUGGAAGUUCAUUUGCGUCUCGUCUAAUGGCUCGCUCAUCACUUAAAGUUGAGGGGUAUAUGCAAAUUGUAUUUGUGGUUUCUGCUGCAUCUCUAACGCUUCCCAUUUUGACAUCGUUUUUGGUACCUCCUCCUGAAGAAAAAGGUGGAGGUAUUUCGUUUGCAGGUUGUCUUCAGCUUCUUGGCUUUUGUACUUUUGAGGCCUGUGUAGGCAUCUUCUGGCCAUCUAUAAUGAAGAUGAGGUCCCAAUACAUCCCUGAAGAGGCUAGAAGCACCAUCAUGAAUUUCUUCCGCAUUCCUCUCAACAUAUUCGUGUGCAUCGUGCUGUAUAAUGUCAAUGCAUUCCCUAUCACUGUGAUGUUUGGCAUGUGCUCAAUCUUUCUUUUUGUGGCUUCCAUAUUGCAAAGGAGGCUGUCAGUUAUUGCAGACAAGACAAAAACAGAAGAUUGGUCACCCCUGAGAGAGAGGGAUGAGGAGGUUACACCACUGACUGAUGUUUAGUUCUAAAAAGUUGGAUAUCGUUGUCAGCCAGCGAUGGAAACUCAACAAAUGAACUCGUGCACAACUAAAUUUAGCUAACAGUAUGUCCAAUUUAGUGGUGCCAGCAAUUUAUAGUAUUUUUGGCUUCUGGGAAGAAGUGGUGGCAGAUAUGCUAUUUGUCCGGUCCUUGGGCAUAGGCCGCCACGGCAAACAUAUAGCAUCUACUACACUUGGACUGCUGGGAAGAAUUUUCUUUAACUAUAUUCUACUGGUUACUGUUUUCUUUUUAUAUAGGUCAGUUUAAGACCCCUAGUAUUAUUGUCUGUCAUUUUUGCCGUGUGCACGUGUACCACAAGCAUGCAUGAAAGAAAUCAUAUGAGUACUUGUUAACAUUGCAAUGACAAAUAUAUUGCAUAA